UUGACAAAGAUUUACAUAACGAACUUGCACGAGACAAAAGUUUCAGAUUCAUGGAAAAACUCUGCUUCUUCAUUGCAGUGUUAUCACUAAACUGCUUUGCAUUUUGCUUAGCCACAGAUGAAGAAACACUUCUUGCCUUCAAAACCAGAAUCACUUCAGAUCCUAACAAAAUCUUGGCCGAGAACUGGUCGACAAAUACGUCCAUUUGCAACUGGAUAGGCGUUUCUUGCAGCAGGACUCGACAAAGAGUCACGGCCUUAAAUUUUUCCGGCUUCGGCUUCAAAGGAACCAUGGCUUCAGAUCUUGGAAAUUUAACAUUUCUUAGUUCUUUAGACGUUAGCUCCAACAACUUCACUGGGAUAAUACCCCCCGAGCUUUCUCACUUGAAUCGUUUAAAAGAUAUAAAUGUGGGAUUUAACGGCUUCACUGGAGAGGUACCAUCAUGGUUUGGAACCUUACCAGAACUUCAGCACAUUGUUCUGAGUAACAACAAUUUCUCCGGCAGCGUCCCUGUGUCGUUAGGCUAUCUUUCUACCCUGGAAACAUUAGAUUUACAGAAUAAUCAGCUUACAGGUUUCAUACCUGUCGGUAUCUUCAAUAUAUCUUCUUUGAGAGCACUUGAUCUCACUGGUAAUACCCUGUCAGGCAGCCUACCGGAGGAUAUAUGUGAUAGCAUCCCAAAACUCGAAAUACUCUCUCUCUCGAAGAAUAAACUUUCUGGGCAAAUUCCGUCAAAUAUAUUCAAAUGCAAACACCUUGAGGUCAUGUCAUUAUCCAAUAAUCAAUUCAAUGGAAGCAUACCAAGUGCAAUUGGAAGAUUGACAGUUCUUAGGAACUUAUAUCUGGGGACAAACAACUUCAGAGGAGGAAUUCCAUUGGAAAUAGGCAAUCUUUCACAUUUAGAGAUAUUUAGUAUAAGAGGUGGCUCUCUAACUGGGCCAGUUCCAUCUUUACUCUUCAACAUGUCUUCUCUGAAAACAAUUGACCUUGCUGAGAAUAGCCUGUCCGGAAGCCUCCCAGUCAACAUGCAUCGUAAUCUUCCUCAACUCGAGCAGCUUUAUCUUCAAUCCAAUCAACUAACUGGACAAGCUUUGUCAAGCAUAUUGGAAUGCAAAACACUUCGGCUCUUGUCAUUGUCUGAUAACAAACUUACAGGCGAUCUGCCUGCAAAAGUCGGAAACCUCACUGGACUGAAAUAUCUAUAUCUAGCGAGUAACAACUUGACAGGGGAAUUACCGGCCGAGCUUGGCAAGCUUAAUCUGGAGGAAUUUAAUAUCUAUAACAAUAGCUUCUUUGGCCCCAUUCCCUAUUCUGUGUUCAAUAUAUCAACUAUGAAAAGGAUGGCACUUUCUUUCAAUCAAUUUUCAGGGCAUCUUCCUUCAACCAUGGGGCUUUCACUUCCCAAUCUUGAAGAGCUUCAUUUGGGUCAAAACAAACUCAGUGGAUUAAUACCCAGUUCUAUCACCAAUUCUUCCAAACUCAACUUCUUAUUCUUGGGCAGUAACUCUUUUUCUGGCAUUAUGCCCAACUUUGGUAACUUACGACUUCUACGGCGCCUCAUGAUUGGAGGAAAUAAUUUGACAGGAGAACCUUCGAGUCCAGAAUUGAAAUUUUUCUCUUCAUUGACAAAUUGCCGGUAUUUGGAGCUUUUUGAAGUAUCUUUGAAUCAGCUAAACGGUAUUCUCCCUGCAUCAAUUGGGAAUUUCUCGUCUCUUCAGGUGUUCAGAGCAUUUGGAUGCAACAUUAAGGGUGCUAUUCCUACUGAAAUUGGAAACUUAAGCAGCCUGAAAGAUUUAUAUUUAGAUAGCAAUCAGUUAACGGGAUCCAUCCCAAGAACACUUGGUAACUUAAAAAGUCUUCAACGUGUUUAUCUUGAACACAAUAAACUUGAUGGAUAUAUUCCCGUAGAGAUUUGCCAGUUAAGCAAUUUGGGGGACUUGUACCUAAAUGAAAAUACGCUCGAUGGGCCAAUUCCGGCAUGCAUGGGGGAACUCAAAUCUCUGAGAGGACUCUACUUAAACUCCAACAGAUUGGAAUCUGAAGUACCAGUAAACUUGUGGAACCUUAAAGAUCUUCUGAGACUAAACUUGUCCUACAACAGUUUUCGUGGUUCUCUACCUUUAGAAAUUAAAAAUUUGAAUGUGGUCAACGAAGUAGACUUGUCCUGGAAUCAAUUCACAGGUGAUAUUCCGAGUUCCAUUGGCAGCAUGCAAUCAUUAAUGUCCAUAUCUUUUGCACACAACAAAUUUCAAGGAUCUAUUCCUCCGUCUCUCGGAAACAUAAUAAGCUUGGAAUCAUUAAAUGUGUCCUACAAUAGUAUUUCUGGAGUGAUUCCAACGUCAUUGGAGGCACUCAACUAUCUACAAUACUUUGACGUGUCUCACAACAGACUAGAGGGAGAGAUUCCAUCGGGAGGGCGUUUUGCGAACUUUACCACUCAAUCAUUCAUGCAAAACUAUGAUCUUUGCAGUGAAACUCGAAAACAAUUUCCACUUUGUAAGGAGACUCUUAAAAGAACAAGGUCAAAGAACGGGAAGUCAUUAGUGAAAUAUAUUAUUCCUCCUAUCAUAGCAGUUGUUCUUGCAGUGAGCAUGACAUUUUUGGUGUUAAGACGAAGACAACUGCACCGAGAUGCACCCGAGAGUGAAAUUUCAUUCCAUCGUGCAUGGAGAAGGAUUUCUUAUCGGGAGCUUCAGGACGCAACAAAUGAUUUCAGCGAAACCAACAAAAUCGGAAGUGGGAGUUUUGGUUCAGUAUACAGAGGAACACUUUCGGAUGGGCUAAAUGUAGCGGUGAAAGUUUUCAAUUUGCAGUCCCACCAAGUAACCAAGAGCUUUGAUAUUGAAAGUGAAGUGUUGAGCACCAUACGUCAUAGAAAUUUAGUCAGAAUCAUUGGAUGUUGCAGUAACUCAGAGUUCAAAGCCCUAAUACUGGAGUACAUGCCUAAUGGUAGCCUGGAGAAAUGGUUAUAUUCCCACAAUAAUUUCUUGGACAUGCUAAAAAGGUUAAAUAUAGCGAUCGAUGUUGCUUUAGCUCUAGAAUAUCUGCAUCAUUAUCAUACAUUUGCUAUUGUUCAUUGUGAUUUAAAGCCUAGCAAUGUCGUGCUCGACCAAGAUAUGGUUGCACAUGUUGUUGAUUUUGGUAUAGCCAAACUCUUCGGUGAAGGGGAAUCAGAGGUUCAAACGAAGACCUUAGCAACAAUUGGAUAUAUGGCACCAGAAUAUGGAACUGAAGGAAUAGUAUCCACUAGUGGUGAUGUCUACAGUUAUGGUGUAAUGCUGCUGGAGAUGUAUACAAGAAAGAAGCCAACUGACGAGAUGUUUGGUGAAAAAAUGAGCUUGAAAAGUUGGGUGAGUCAGUCAUUAUCCGAGAAUACCAUAACUGAAGUUGCGGACAGCAAUUUGCUUGGAAGAGAAGACCAACAUUUCUCUGCAAAGAAGCAAUGUGUCUCAUCCAUUUUGGCUUUGGCGAUAGAAUGUUUGACCAAUUCUCCUAUGGAAAGAAUCAGUAUGAGGGAAGUUGUAGCCAGACUUCAAAAGGUUAAAUCAAUGUUCCUAGCAACAACCACAGAUGCUUAAUAUAGCAUAAUUUUGUCUGUUGAACAGACCAACGUUUUAUAACAAACGAUUUAAGGAUGUUCCAGCAUAAAUUUGGUUAAUCUAUAAAUCAGCAAUUACAUGAAAA